UCCUGUAGUUGUAUUGUUCUCGAUUGGCUGCCGCAAUGUAAACCGGGAAUCUUUUAAAAGUAACUGGGUGUGUGCUGUCGUGUUUGUCCAGCCGACUAACUGACUCAGUCCAUUAACAUUUACUUGGCGACAUAUUCAGUAAUUUUGUUUAAUAUCUCAUGGAGCAAGAAGCCCGGGAAAAUGCUGGAACAAAGGAAACUGGAAAUGAGAUGAGAGAAAUCGUACUGGUUGAUACUGAGUCCUACGUCAACGUUGAAGUCGACGUGGAAAAUAACGACGGGAUUUCUGAAGUGGCACAUAAUGUGUCUGCUAUAACACAAGCUCUGUUUCAGAAUGAAGAUGAAGAUGAGAGUGCUGGUGAUGACAGUGGCACAGACCACUUCAAUACUGAAAAGUUGGGGACUCAGCUGCAGAGAUGUGAGCAUCAUGGAGGAGUGAAUUCGAGUCUUCCUGACACCUUCCAGACCAGCCAUCUGCUGUUCUAUGAGAGGUUCAAGGUGUAUCAGGACUACAUGCUUGGAGACUGUAAGCCCUCUGAGGUGAAGGCCUUUACAGCAGACUACCUGGAGAAGGUGGUGGAGCCAUGUGAUUGGUUGGCUCUGUGGUCCACUGAUGUCUUUGAUGUUUUGGUGGAGGUACAGGAUGUGGACUGGAAGGAUCUGACGGCUUGUGUGGUGCUAGUGCUACCUCUGCAAUGUGACACCAGAGGCUGUGAAGUCACUGAAGAAGCCAUGCAGUCUUUGCUUGAGGCCACUCAGCACAAAGUCCCUCUGCAGGAGGUGCAGGUGGUUUACGAGCAGUCUGGGGACUUUGAUCAAACUGCCCUCGCUCUUGAGCACCUAAGAUUUUUCUAUAAACACAUCUGGAGGCAGUGGGAUGAAGAAGAUGAAGAUGAUGACUUUGACUACUUUGUUCGUUGUGUGGAGCCUCGUCUCAGGCUUUACUAUGACAUCUUAGAGGACAGAGUCCCUGCAGGCCUGGUGGCAGAAUACCAGUCAUUACUGGAAAACUGCUCGCAAUGUUUUCAGCAGUUCUUGGUGCUUCGCAAUGGUCUAAGCACUGACUCAGACUCAGAGCUGGACAACAUAUCCAUGGUGGAGGGCCUAAAGCUCUAUGACCAGCUUGAGACACUGAAACGCAAGCUGCACAUCAUUGAGAACCCACUGUUGAGGUAUGUGCUGGGCUACAAAGGCAAUGCCAGGCAGCAGUGUGUGCAGAGCCGUGGGCUCAGGGCAUCAGGUAUGAAGGUGGUCCAUGUAGUGAUGGCCUACUGCAGUGUCAACCAGCUUCAGUCCCUCCUCAGUGACAGAUUGCUACCUCAGUGCUCCUCUGAUGAUACUGAGGUUCAGUUCCAUAGAGAUCCAAUAUCAGCAGUGGAUUCGUGCCAUCAUGGUGAUGUGGUCAUUGUUCUCCCAGGGGUCUACAAUGUCAGCAGCUCCAUCUUCAUACCAGACUCCAUCACUAUAGAGGGUUUUGGGCUUCCUGAUGAGGUGGUGAUUGAAAAGAAAAACAAGGGUGACUCUUUUGUGGAGUCCACAGGAGCUGAUGUCCGACUGUCAAACAUCAAGUUUAUCCAACACGAUGCUAUUGAGGGCAUAUUGUGUGUGCGUCAGGGGGCUCUGAACAUAAAGAACUGUGUGCUGCAGUGUGAGACCACUGGAGUUAUUGUUCGAACAUCGGCCCACCUCACCAUGAACAUGUGUGACCUUUAUGGCUCAAAGGGAGCUGGUGUGGAGAUUUACCCCGGUAGUGUUUGCAGUCUGGUUGGUAAUGGCAUCCAUCAUUGUAAGGAUGGGAUCCUCAUCAAGGACUUUGCUGAUGAACUGGAUGUGAUGCCAUCCAUUACCAUGGAGAACAAUGUGAUCCACUACAAUGAAGGCUAUGGGGUGAUCGUAGUAAAACCAAGCAACGCAGAACAACACAGAGUUCGUCAGGACAUGACAGAAGAACCUGCUGGACCGAUAGUUGACAAACAGCAGGAAUGUGUUUCUACAACAUCAACAUCAAACCUGCCCAGCAGCAGCUCAGCAGACGUUCUGCCUGAAUUAUUACAGAACCACAGCACAGCCUCCACCGUAGGCAGGAAGUGGCAGUUUAGUCGUCAGCUGAGCAGAAACAAGGAGACCUGCAGCCGAGCCGUGCAGGAUCCGAUUGACCAUCAGAUCUUUGUCUCCAUUCAGGGAAACCAGUUCAGACGUAACGGCAUGGGUGACUUUGGCACCUUUUUUUACUAACAGACAACAUCAGAACUUUUUUAUAGAAACUUUAGAACGUUUAAACUUUACAACACAUCACAUUUGCACAUCUUUUCAGAUCCUUCCAGUUUUGGAGCAGUAAGUAUUUAAUGUCAGCAUUCCAUUUUAGUUGAUUUCUUUACUUUGUCAUAAAACAAAUAUUCCUUUUGGCUCCAGACACAAUGUUUUAAAUGCAUUGUUCCUUUGUUUGUUCGUUCCUUCGUUAUUAGAAAUUCACUUGUCACUUUUGAUGCAGUUUUUGGUGGUUUUGACUUUACGUUUGGUGGCAUGCUAAAAGCAGUUAACCGCUGAUUAUUCUGAGUUCACACAAAUAGUUAUUUCUUUUGUUAUGGACACUUUUUUAAAAUGUUGAUUAUGGUGAUACAAAUGAGUCCAGUAUGUAACAUUUGAGGGAUCUGUUGGCAGAUGUGGAAUAUUAUAUACAGAACUUUGUUUUCAUAACUGUAAAGUAACCUGAAAAUAAGAAUUGUUGUUUUUGAUACCUUUUUAAAAUGGGACUUUUAUCCAACAGUGGAAGGGGUUUUGUUGCACCGCCAUGUUUCUAUAGUAGCCCAGAAAGGACAAACCAAACACUGGCUCUAGUUGGCUUUUUACGAGUUUCACAGUCACUGUCAUUUCUCUUUUGUGCUUGGAAUUAGAGGGUGAGGCAUGCAGUGUUCAGUUCAAUUUUGCAACCAGUAGAUGUUGCAGUAAGUUCUGCACACUGGACUUUUAUACUGCCACUCAUGAAAGUUGUAAAUAUAAUGAAUUUUAUGCAGAUGAAAAAUCAGUGUGAUAAUCCUAUCCUAUAAAGUGUGUUGUAAGCUGACUCAAGAGUUGAGUCAUGAGCUUUCAGGGCACCCCAUAAAUAAAGGGUAUGUCCUUCCUCAAUUCUGGCCUAUGGUCCUUGGCCCUUGGCCCAUGGUCCAUGUCUAUGCCUCUCCUUGCUUUGUCUGUUUUGUGCUCUUCUGUCAAAUAAAAAAGCAGUUAAUC